CGACCAAUCAGUGCCACGCACGUCCCAGCGCAUGUCAGACUUUUCCUGCCGGUAACGGAACUAUCCACGACCACAGGUGGAGAAGACAGCAAAACAGUUACAUUUAGCUUACAAGUCAUUUGCACCGUCCCAUCACAAACAUGCAGUUUGACAUCAGGCGACUGGACCUGUAUCGGAAGAUCCCGAAGGACUUGACUCAGCCAACCUCAACAGGUGCCCUCAUCUCUGUGUGUUCCGUUCUCUUCAUCACAUUCCUCUUCUGCUCUGAGCUGCUGCUCUUCGUCACCCAUGAAGUUAUCAGUGAGCUGAGUGUGGAGGAUCCCGUCCAGCACUCGGAGAAGAUCCCUGUCUUCAUCAACAUCUCCCUCUUCAAGAUGGACUGCCAGUACAUUGGGUUGGACAUUCAAGACGACAUGGGACGUCAUGAGGUCGGCUUCAAGGACAACACGCAGAAGUUUCCUAUAGGUGUCGGUGGUGAGGGCUGCAGAUUUGAGUCCUUCUUCCUCAUCAACAAGAUUCCCGGCAACUUCCAUGUCUCCACCCACUCAGCAGUGGAACAGCCGCCAAACCCCGACAUGACCCACAUGGUGCACAAGCUCCGCUUCGGGAUGGAGAUGGAGGAGGGCAAGACAGUAAAGGGCUCCUUCAACUCCUUGGAGAAUGUGGACAAGUCAAAGUCUAAUCCCUUAUCAACCCACGACUACAUCCUGCGAGUGGUGCCCACUGUCUAUGAAGAUAUACAAGGGGCUGCCAGAUACCCUUACCAAUAUACACAUUCCUAUAGGGAUAUAGUACAGUAUCAUCACGGUGGCGCCGCGGUGCCGGCCAUCUGGUUCCGAUAUGACCUCAGCCCCAUCACCGUCCGAUACAAGGAGAAGAGCAAGCCUUUCUACACCUUCCUGACAACAGUAUGUGCCAUUGUAGGAGGAACAUUCACAGUUGCUGGAAUCAUAGACUCAUUUGUCUUUACUGCUUAUGAAAUAUUCCGAAAGGCCGAGCUUGGCAAACUGAGCUGAUUGGCUGGUUGUGACAAUCAUCAUCAUCAUCAUUAUCAUAAUCGUCAACACCAUGUCGCUACAUUCCAUAGACUGUACAGUUGGUGGCGGAAGAGGAUUUGUAGACACUAUAGUCAGGGUCAAGGCUAUCCAGGAACUCGCCUUUCUUGGGCUCCUCAAAAUAGCUUAUAUUUUUCGGGUUGUUUAUUGAGGAAAAUGGAUGUAAUUAUUUUCUGAGUAUGGCAGCCAUGCCAUUGACAUUUGUUUUGUUACCUGCCCUGGAUAUGGAUGAAAACUCGGAAAUAUGAUCGGUUACACACAAGAUACUAGAAGUAGCGUGAAUCUGUAUUAGAGUUUUUCCACCUUAGUCAUUGUAAUCGACAACAUGCUUUAUAAUAUUAUUUUGGGAUUUCGAUAAUAAUAAUUUUCUUUCACGAUAUUUGUAACAAAUAAUCAGCAGCUUUUUUAAUAUUAUGGUUUUUACUACUUUUACCAAUGUUUACAUUUGUCUGAAUAUUAUUACUGGCAGAAACGAGAAUCAAAUUAGUUUUCUUUGGCAAAAAAACCUCAGUGUAAUUAUAAUGUUACGAUGGGUUGGAUCAUGUGUAAAAAAAUGGUAAAAAAAAUUGGUUUAGAUUAUAUGUUUUUAAACUAUUUUCCUAAAAGCUAACUUUGUUUGUUAUUGGUCUAAAUAUUGUUUUUUGUUCAUUUCUUUUCUGAAUAUUAUGGUUUAUGAUCCUAUGUGAAGAAAUAAUGACUUAAUUAGAACUUCAAGUUUACAACCAUCUAUUUCCAAAGAAUAGAGUAUAGUAUGGAUGUUAUAAAUUUGGGAAGAUUGAUCUGUAGAUCAAGGAAAAUAAUUUGCUGAGCCGUGAGUAAUAUUGUUGUAACUGCAUGGAAUUCACAAUAAGUAGUUAUGGAGGUAAUAUAUUUAUUCAUUCAACUUGAAAUCAGCUACGUGUUCAUCUAUUUAAUAAUGCAUAUUUUGUUAGCAUGGCAACAGAAAUUAGAACAACUGGAUAACGAUGUAGCAUGUAUUGCCUGUAGUAGUGGUGGUGGAUGGGGUUGCCAGUGUUGUAUAUAUGUAGUUUGGUUGUACUGUUGAAUGUAAGACUGGCCGCCUGGUGGUUAAAGCUUUUCCUCGUCACACCGGAGACCUGGGUUCGAUUCCCCUUAUGGGUACGAUGAGUGAAACCCAUUUCUGGUGUCCCCCGCCUUGAUAUUGCUGGAAUAUUGCUAAAAGCAGAGUAAAAACAUACUCACCCACUCAUUGCUGGCAAUAUAUUCACAUGCUAGCAUUAUAUUCACAUGUGAAGUGUCGGGCGGUAAUGAUUCACUUCAUCAGGCUUCAAUACAAUACAUGAGAUCGUGACUCUUACAAAGCCAUAUUCCACCAAGAGAAUGGCUGAAGACACAAACAAAACCUAAUUAGCCAACAUGUCUUCGGACAAUAAUAUUCAGUUCAACCCUGUUCAUCUGGACUAUAGUUUUCAGUGAAAUUUUCCGGAUUAACAAUGAUGUGGAAUGUAAGGGUUGUGAAUGUAUGGUUAAUCUCAACAAGAAUCAACAAGGUCCAGAUUGACAGUGUCCAAACUAACCCAGUUUUGUUUAUAACAUCUGAGUUAUUUUUCAUGCCAUAUAUAAUGCUUGUAGAGGAUACAUUUUGUCAAAUGUAGCUCUACACCGAUACGCAUUGAAUUGUUAAAGACGAGGUGUUCAGUGAGACUGAUGUAUAUACUGUCUACUGAACUCACAUAUGUUGUUCAUUAUUAUGUAUUGUUGGAUUAAUGUGUAUAUUGGGCUAAAAAAAUAAUACUCUUGGUUCUCAGGCACUGCCCCCAUAAUCAUAAAGUUUGCCGCACCUUUUGUGUUUUUUUCCAUUUAAAAAAAAAAAUCAAAGGGUUGUCAAAAACUUUUUUACGCAUCAAGGAAUAAAUUUAUGUAGGGAGGCCCUUUCCCAGGCUGAUUGUACACAACCGUUUAUUUGGUUACACAACUGUUUUGUUGGUUACAUACUAGUUUGAACAAUAUCAACAGCAACAACAACAAAACCACC